AUGCCCGCCGCAGUCGCCGACUGGCACGCGCUCCUCAAGCCCGAUCCGAGCUCGUGUCCGAACCUAUCUCCCGCAGUGCGCCGAGUCGCUCCUCCGCUUCGAUCAGGUCUUCCUCCAGUGGCUCCUCUUCAGUCUGAUAUAGAGGGGCGUAAUGAAAUGGACUGCUUGCAGAGCUUAGCCGCGCCCGUGGUAUGCGGGACCUCCGACCUCUCAGCUUCCACAACUGGUCUGGGACAAGCUGACUCCAGUCUCGUCCUGUACAUCGCGUACUUCCCGCGCAAGCCCGCGCUCGCGAGGGAGAACACGACCGAGGAAGUCGUGGGUCUGUCUGGCGCAUUUGUGAGUACUCCCCUCCCCCAGCCCCCUCCUCACACCUCCCUCCUCGCCCCAGCUGACUCUGUUCCGGGAGAAGCUAACCCCAGCGCGGUGCUCACGAUCGUCACCGUGAUUCUCCUCCUCUACUCCCCCGUGCACCCGCGCACGCCCGCCCUGCGCCGCCUCGCGACAUUCUGCGGCCUCAGCGCCACCCUUUUGGCGAUUCUCCAAUACGCGCCGCAGAUCUACAAGACGUACCGCUCCGGCCUCGUCGGCGCGCUGAGUAUUGGCACAAUGCUGAUCCAGGUCCCUGGCUCCAUUCUGUUUGUCGUCAGCAUCAUGCUCGGCGACGGGACGGACUGGACGUCCUGGAUCCCCUAUGCUGUCACGGGGGCCAUGCAGGGGGUCCUCCUCGGUAUCUGUGUAGCGUGGACACUGCGCCAGAGACGGCUCGGCAUUGACGCGUUCGGGAACCCGAUUGAGGGUCGUGCGGUAGUGGUGGAUGAGAGGACACCUCUCAUCUCCAACGGUAACGGGAACGGGAACGGGGCGACGAACUAG